AUGGAUUCAUCAUCAUCAAUGUCAUUAACGGAUCGGGUCAACUUUAGGACACGAGUCCUAACCAGCCAUCUCAAUAACUACCAAAACCCCACCACCGAACUCGUACAAACCGCCGUAUGUGUCAGCUACUCCCCACCGGAACUGUCUGAGCCGCCGUUUAGUUUCGAUACCAAGUCCCUCCGUAAGCUCCUAGACGGCCAGAAUAUUGCUGUAAUCGACAAUGUGUUCAAUCUGAUGAUGCAGAGCAACCUGUUUUGCCCAAGAGAAAGAGGCGGCAAAGUGUUUAUUUCGCCGGAUUUUAAUCAGUCGACUGGAGCAACAGAGAGAGAUGACGAUGAAAAGAAUUGA